AUGGUGAUGAUCGUAUGCCUGGAUGCAGGUUACACCUAUGAGGAGUGUGCUUGCAGCAUUUUCCAGUACCACAACGAGACAGUGAACAUUCACACCCAUUUGCUGCCGGCAGUGGCGAUCAUUUUAUUGCUCUGCUCCGGCAUGCUGCAGCCAUGGCCCCUGGCCAGGGCUGCAUUCUACGAGAACAUCGCCGCCAUGCUGCUGUGCUUUGGCGGCUCCAUCGCCUACCACACCCUCAUGGCCCACCACCAGGACUACCACCGCUGGCUCCUCAUAGAUGUGUGCGGGGUGUUUGCGCUGCUGAUGUCGGGGGUGCAUCAAUGGUUGUACUGGGGGCUGUACUGCUACCCCUGGCUGCGCAGCAGCUUCAUAGCGGCCUACUACCUGUCGGCGGUUGGCUGUGUGGUGGCCGGGCUGCGCGCACAUUCGCAGAUGCAGCGCGCCGCUCCCAUGCUGGCGCUGUUUGGCGUCCGCGUGGCCUCCCUCGUUGUGCGCGCUGCCCUCAACUCGGGCUCGAUCGACGCAGUCAGGCAUUACGCGCUCACAGAGGUGCUGUCGUUUGCUGGAGCCAUGAUCAAUGUGCUGCGCAUCCCAGAGAAGUGGUUUCACGACCAGGAUGCUGCAGACAAGUGUGUCAGGAAGGCGGGCCCCUUUGACUGCUGGCUGAACUCACAUCAGAUCAUGCAUGUGAUGGUGGCCUUGGCAAUGCUGCACCUGCAUUGGGGUGCAGCAGAUGACUACCGCUUUUUUGUGUCCCACCCGGACCAGUGCUCCAUGCAUGCCAUGACAUGA